AUGCAAGCAGCUCAAGGUUUCCAAGCUCCACGAGUUGUGGUUUCUGCAAAGCGGUCUCUCAGGUUUUCUAUGCAAGAAUUUCAUGCCGUGACUGGUUUGAAGUUCAAAGAUGAAACGGAGAUAGACUUCAUUAAUUGGAAGGAUGAUAAGGGGUUCUGGAGCCUCGUGCUGAAGGUGAGGCUAGUAUAUCUGUGUAUUAUACAUGGAUUCAUCAUGGCUAAGGAUUGGAAAGUGUCUAUCCCUCAAGAAUACAUCCGUUUGGUGAUGGAUUUUGAGAAGUUGAGGAUGUAUCCUUGGGGUCUUCGCGCGUAUGAUGAGCUGCUUGCAUCAAUAUUCAGAGCAAGGGAAGAUUUGCAUCUGAAGAACAGUUACGUGUUGGAUGGAUUCUCAUAUGCGUUUCAGAUAUGGAUUAUGGAGGCAGUCCCAGACAUUGGUACUAUGGUGGGUAAAAAGAUUAAAAAAAACAUCACCAAAGUGAGAUGUAGAAAUUGGAAAGGAAAUGGAAAAGUAUCCUACCAAGAUAUCAAUAGCCUACAGUCACACUUCGAUAAGGGAGAGCUGUUUCCCUUUAUAUCUCAUACUGGGAACAAUGAUGUGGUUGAUGAUGCUGCGUUCAUUAGGGAAGAUGAGAAAAAGGAUGAAAGAGUUGGUCGUAUUGUUGCUCUGAUGAAUGCCAAACAAGACUGGAACCAAUUCGCUUGGGAAGUUGAGGCUUUGCCUCGAAAUGUGGAGCUUUCUGAUUCAGAAGAAGAUGUUGAAGUCGAAGAUGUCACAGAGGAACCGUCUGUUGUUGCACAGGAACCGGUUGUUGUUGCAGAGGAACCAGUUGUUGUUGCGAAAAGGGGCAAGCGCAAGCUUAUAGAUCCAGGUUUCGAGUCUCGAAAGAAACAAUUGCUUUGUCAACGGACGGCUGAGCAUAACAGUGGUGUCUCCGGUGAUCUGAAGACCUUCAUUGAAGGUUUGUUCACCUCUUCUUUCAACUCUUUAAAGGAGCUGGUGCAAAAGGACUGUUGGGGUCAAAAUCGGUCACGACGGAAUUAA